UCCGUCAUGCUGCUCCGCUCGACUAUGAUGGGAUUGUUUCACCUUUUUAUUCUUUGUGUGGAAAUCGCUCUCCGUGGUCUUGGUGCUCAUGUUUUGCUUCUUCCUCUCACAAACGAGCCGGGGCUCGGACAAGUCAAUCAAAACCUCAGCUCUCCGCAGGGUAUUUACCGGGACUCUGACAGGCGCUAUCCAUUAGGUAGACAGUACCUCCGUACACACCUGGCAAAACUCUCAAGGCAAUGGCUCACAGGCAGUCAAAAACGUGUAUUUAUCAACUAUUGGAGUCAUUGUGCGCAGGAAGGAUGGGACACCACAAUCCUCCUUGGUCCAGCUGUCGACGGUCCCCGCAACCGGCUCCCCUUCAGAUUUGCUCUGCCGGAAAUCGCCAAGCGUCAUUUUUACGACCGGGUUGCACAACAGCAGGGCGGUUUGCGGGAUCUGCAACCUGGGUUGCACAGACGGUAUAAAAAAGGUGUGAAUCCGUGCAUCGCGAGGUCGCCGACCUGACGCUCCCGACGUUGCAUUGGUAAACGCAAUGUCGCCCCGCGUUGCAUUCACGGCGAGCUCUUGUUCCAAGGCACAGCAUCAUUCGG